AGACCUUGAAGAGACCUCUCUUGUGCUCUGGGACUCUGGAGAGUGGAGGGGAGGCGACAGGAAUGUCAGCCGAGGGCGCAGUAGAGAAAAACUGAGGAAAGUUGCUGGAAGGGUUUGGAUGAGAUGUCAGGAAGCUGGCUUUUCUGCCAAGAGGUCUAGGCUCCCUGGAUUCCUGGGGUACCUGGGAAGAUGUCUUGCCCUUCAUGUGGCCAUAUUCAUCUGGGGCCAGGCCUUGGGCCAGUGCUUUAAUAGGGAAGGACCCAGGAGUCAUGGCUUGGUGGUGUCUGGAUGGGCUUCUGGAAGGCCUUCCUGAGCCACGGAGAGAACUCUGGAGAUUGGGCUCACAGCCCCUGCACUGCACACCUCCAUUCUCACCUACAACAAGGAACAGCAGAGACUAUAGAAACUUAAGGAGGAGGGUAAAGUCUCUGCCUGGAAUUCUAAAAGGAAGCAUAGAUGGCUGGACACAGAAUCUAGAGACUUCAGAUAAUGUGGAGAUGUUUCGACCUUCAGGUUCCACUGGGCUGAUUCCCCCAUCCCAUUUCCAAGCUCGUUCCCUUCCAACUGUACCAAGAAUGGCUCCCACCUGGGUUUCAGACAUUCCCCUGGUCCAACCCCCAACGCAUCAAGAUAUCUCAGAGAGGCGGCCAGACAACAAGAGACCUCCAGUGAUCAUGUGGGAACAGGAUGUUUCUGGCAAUGGGAAGGAGCCAGGGCGGAGAGGCAGGUCUGUGGAGCUAGAGGGGUCACAUGCCCUGAGCCAGCAGGCUGAGCUGAUCUCUCGGCAGCUGCAAGAGCUGCGGCGGCUUGAGGAGGAGGUCCGAGUCCUGCGGGAGACCUCGCUGCAGCAGAAGAUGAGACUGGAGGCCCAGGCCAUGGAGCUGGAGGCUCUGGCACGGGCGGAGAAGGCUGGCCGAGCUGAGGCCGAGGGCCUGCGUGCUGCCUUGGCCGGGGCUGAGGUUGUCCGAAAGAACCUGGAAGAGGGGAGCCAGCGGGAACUGGAGGAGGUUAAGAGGCUGCACCAGGAACAGCUCUCCUCCCUGACACAGGCUCACCAGGAGGCUCUUUCCAGUUUGACCAACAAAGCUGAGGGCUUGGAGAAAUCUCUGAGUAGUCUGGAAACCAGGAGGGCAGGGGAAGCCAAGGAGCUGGCUGUGGCCCAGAGGGAGGCUGAGGUGCUGCAGAAGCAGCUGAGCAAGGCCCAAGAAGACUUAGAGGCACAGGUGACUUUGGUUGAGAAUUUAAGGAGAUACGUGGGGGAGCAAGUCCCUCCGGAGGUCCACAGGCAGACCUGGGAAUCGGAGCGCCAGGAGCUUCUAGAAACUGUUCAAGUGAGAGAGUAUAGGCACUUGCAGGAGGACCGGGACGGCCUGCACACCACAGCGGAGCUGCUGCAGGUGCGCGUGCAGAGCCUCAUGCACAUCCUGACCAUCCAGGAGGAGGAGCUGAGCAGGAAGGUUCAGCCUUCGGAUUCGCUGGAGCCUGAGUUCACCAGGAAGUGCCAGUCCCUGCUGAAGCGCUGGCGGGAAAAGGUGUUUGCCCUCAUGGUGCAGCUAAAGGCCCAGGAGCUGGAGCACAGAGGAUGCAUGGAGCAGCUGAAGGGACAGGUGGCAGAGCUCCAGGACCAAGCUGUGGCCCAGAGCCAGGAGCAGGCCAUCCUGCAGCGUUCCCUACAGGACAAAGCCGCCGAGGUGGAGGUGGAACGGAUGGGCGCCAAGGCCCUGCAGCUCGAGCUGAGCCGCGCUCAGGAGGCCCAGCGCCGGAGGCAGCAGCACGCAGCCACAGCCGAGGAGCAGCUGAAGCUGGUGGCCAACUCUGUCAGCAGCUUUCAGACCUGGCUCCAGAGCACCAUGGCUGAGGUGGAACGCGCCACCACCCAGCUGCCCUGCCUCAGCAGCCGAGUCAGCUAUGCAGUCCGCAGGGUCCACACCAUUCAGGGCCUGAUGGCUCGAAAACUGGCCCUUGCUCAGCUGCGCCAGGAGAGCUGUCCCCGACUCCUGCCAGUCACAGAUGUGAGCCUUGAGUUGGAGCAGCUGCGGGAGGAACGGAACCGCCUGGAUGCGGAAUUGCAGCUGAGCGCCCACAUCAUCCAGAAGGAGGUGGGCCGGGCCCGGGAGCAAGGGGAGGCUGAGCGGCAGCAAUUGAGUGAGGUGGCCCAGCAGCUGGAGCAGGAGCUGCAGCGGACCCAGGAGUCCCUGGCUAGUGUGGGGCUGCAGUUGGAAGCCGCCCGCCAGGGCCAGAAGGAGAGCACGGAGGAGGCUGCCAGUCUCCGGCAGGAGCUGACCCAGCAGCAGGAGAUCUAUGGGCAAGCUCUGCAAGAGAAGGUGGCUGAAGUGGAAACUAGGCUGCGGGAACAGCUCUUAGAAACAGAGAGGAGAUUGAACGAGGCUCGGAGGGAGCAUGGCAAGGCAGUGGUCUCCCUGCGCCAGAUGCAGCGCAAAGCCACCCGGGAGAAGGAGCGGAACCAGGAGCUCAGGCGCCUGCAAGAUGAGGCCCGGAAGGAGGAGGGGCUGCGGCUGACCCAGCGCCUGCAGGAGCUAGAGAGGGACAAGAACUUUAUGCUGGCCACCUUGCAGCAGGAGGGUCUCCUCUCCCGUUACAAGCAGCAGCGACUGUUGGCAGUUUUUCCUUCCCUGCUGGAUAAGGGGAAGUCUGCAGAGUCCAGCCCCCGGGCCCCAGGGUCUUCACUGCCUGUACCUCCAGGAGCAGCACCCGUCCCCAAGGAGUCCAUAAGAGGAUCCCUCUCUGUCCUGCUCGAUGAUCUGCAGGGACUGAGUGAGGCCAUUUCCAAAGAGGAAGCUAUCUCUCAAGGAGAUAACCAGAACUGUCCUGCUCCAGUCUGCCUCUGAACAGCUCCGGGCACUCUGUGCAGCAGGGAGCUCAAGGUGGGCGGGGCAGCCCCCAGAGAAGUGGGGUGGGGGUGGGGAGGUCAGCCAGCUGCACUUGUGGACACCGAGGCCACCGGCCACCAAGAUGCCUGUGAAUCCUGUGGCUUAAUAAAGACAACUGCAGCAGGUGCCAUGUUCUCUCGGGGAAUGGGAGGGAAUUCCUGCUGCAGCCAUCUCUGUCUGGAAAAUGCAGGGAGUGGUCCCACACAGCUAUUUCUCUAGGUGGUACCUUUUUCAAAACCCCUUUCUCUGGCUGCUUGGGAAGUUUUUUGAGGUGCUCCAGAAGUUUAUUCUCAACUUUUGUUUGAAAACUCUUCACCUCUGGAAAAUGAUCACUGCCAGGAGUCAGGAUAUAAAACAUCACUCAUUUGCUGGGAAUCUCAGUGCCAAGCAGUUUCCUUGCUCAGGGACCACAGUGGUGGAUUUGAUGGGUGGGUCCCUGCUCCCUUGGCCGCAACAUCCCGGCGGG